AUGCUUGAAAACACCAACCCCCAGUGUGGUCGCGCUUCGAUCACAGCCCGCAUCGGCCGUUGCAUGGGCUCCAUGCUGCUCGUCACCCUUGGCAUGGUCAUUUUCCACCUUGUCCAGGGUUUCGUUUUCCUGGCCCACGACUGCCUACGUGAUUCAGGCUCAGCCUUCUCCCGUGCUGUCCAUGACGGCGGCAACCGCAAGGCCGACAAUGCACCCGCUCCAGUCUGGGGCGAGGUCCUCGGCUACAUCGAGAAGGACGGCGAGUACUACGGCAUGACGGAUGCCCUUCACGAGCAGAAGAUGAAGAAGCUCCAAGAGGAGCAUGAGGACGAGCUGGAUGACCUCAAGGCCGAACUUACGAAGCUUCAGGAGAAGUUCAACAGCAGAGAGAGAGAUCGCACCAGGCGUCACAGUGAAGCCAUGUCCGCGGCAAAUGCCAAGCUCGGCCAGAAGCAGGGCGAGACGGACGCCCUGAUGCAGGUGCUGGAAAAACAGAUGGCUCAGAACGACCAUUUGAACCAGCAGCUUGGCGCCCUCCAGAGUCGAGAUCUGGAUCAAAUCACUGCAGAGAAGGAAUACUACCGCAUGAGCCAUGAACAGGUCAUGAUCGAGCGCGACAACCUCCACGACAAGUGCUGCCAGCUCCGUGACAUGGUCGCCCAGGCGAACUACGAGAAGGAACAGGCAUGCACCGCGAAGCAAGAGGCCUGCGACAUGGCCUCUUUCCGCCUGACCGCACUCGAUGCUGCCAACGAAAAGGCCCAAGAGGCCGACAAGCGCGCCUUGCUCGCCGCCGACAGGGGGCUGGACCUAAUCGACAAGCUCGAGUCCGCCCUGGCGGAGCACGCCCACACCAAGGCCGAGCUGGCCGAAGUCGAGAAGCAAUGCGAAUGCUUCAUCGAGUUCGCCGAGCGCCGCGAACAAGAAGCAAAGGGCUACGAAACCGCCAUCGAACGCCUCAGCAAGCAGCUCGACCGCGACGGCUGGGACGACCUCGUGCACGAGAACGCCCACCUCCACCGCCUCCUCGCCUCCCGCGACGCCCAGAUCGCCACCCUAUCCACCACCACCCCGCCCGACUCCAACCAUUCCACCGCCGCCGCCACCGCCGCCGCCGACGCCUCCAGCGCCCAGAUCCAAACCCUCUCCAACACCCUCGCCGCGCGCUCCGCGCUGCUCGCCUCCCACGAAAAAGACAUCAACGACCUCGAAUGGGAACUGGCCGUCGUGUCCGGCUCGCAGAUCGCGCACCUCACCGCCGAAGCCACGCGGCUGCGGCCCCUCGCGGCCGAGGUCCCCGUCCUGCGCGCGCGCGUCGCGAAGCUGCAGGGCGAGCUGCUGUGCCACUGGUCGGCCAUCACGCCCGAUUUCGCGGCGUUCGGCAGGGAGUGCAACAGGCGGCUGCAUGCGGCGUGGUGCGAGGCGAUGGGGGCGAUGCUGGAUGCCGAGCGCGUGGUCGCGGAGCAGCGGGGGGUGGUGGAGCAUCAUCGGAAGCAUUGUGUGAGGGAUCGGGAGCUGUGGGGGGAGGAGCUGCGGUUUUAUUUUGGGAAUUUGGAUGCGUUGGGCAUGAUGCUGAGGGAGAGCCAUAAGGAGUGCAAUGCGUUGCGGAGGAAGAUGGGGUUGGCGGUGCCGCGGGGGGGCCGUGUGGGCAGCACGAUACCGGUUGAGGUGCGUGAGGGGGUGAGGGCGAUUGCGACGAGGAAGGGGUACGAGCUGAAAGAUGUCGAGCGCGAGGCGUUCGAUGUGAAGGAUCGGGAGACGGAGGAGGACGACGACGGCAGCGCGGAUGCGGUGCUCGAGCUGGAGUUGGCGACUGGUCGCGAGCCCACGGCUAUGGAGCGCAUCAUGGAUUCCACGCUGCGGCGCAUCGGGCAGAAGACGUCCGAGUUGAUUCAGGCGGCGGGCUCUGACAGAAAGGAGGUGCUGCAGCGGGUCCAAGGGUUCUAUGGCUCGAACAACGAUGCGAGGGAUGGUGGUGAGACUGACACGACGCCGGCUUCGCCCCAGACAAAUGGUGAGAGCAGUAAGACGACACUCUCGUCGCCAGAGAUGGGCAGCGAGAACAGCACCAUGCCCUCUUCGCCCUCUUCGCCGGUGGACAAUGAGAACAACACCAUGUUCUCGUUCAAGAUGCCUAUGGCAAGCUUUGGUCAGAUGGGGAGUAUCUUGGCCGAGGUGAAGGCGGAAGCGGAAGCGAGGUCUUCUCAAAUGAAGGACGACCAAUAG